ACUGUUCACUUCGAGAAUAAAGACGUAAUAUUACGAGAAUAAUCUCGUAAUAUUACGAGAAAAAAGGCGUAAUAUUACGAGAAAAAAUACGUAAUAUAACAAGAAAAAAAGUCAUAAUAUUACGAGAAUAAUCUCGUAAUAUUACGAGAAAAAAGACGUAAUAUUACUAGAUUAAAGUGGCAUUACAGCCAGGAAAGUCGCAUUAUUAUGGACAAAGCAAUGUCCUCCUGUUAAAAUGAGGGACGUUGAGGAUUUGGUAAAGUUAUACUUUCGUAUGGGUUUCACCAAUAAAGAAAUACUCAAUCUGCUGGCCCAUCACGACAGGAUUGUUAUUAGUAUUAGAACACUGAAACGUUUGUGCAAGAAACUGUUUUUAUUCAGAAGAAAGAACCAGACGGACUUGGAGGAAAUAAUCUCCUUUGUUGAAGGAGAACUCGCAGGCAGUGGCCGACUACAGGGCUAUCGGUGGUUACAUCUCCGUGCCAUUCGAAGAGGGUAUGUAGUUUCACAGGAGAUGAUGAGAAUGGUAAUCAAGAUGAUUGAUCCUGAAGGAGUGGAGCUGCGGCGUGCUCGGCGUCUUCGUCGCCGGCAGUACAGCAACCGAGGCCCUAACGCUUUAUGGCAUAUGGACUCGUAUGAUAAACUAAAACCAUAUGGAAUCGCUAUAAAUGGUUGCAUUGACGGAUUUAGUCGGUAUGUCAUGUGGAUGGAAGCGUACAAUACAAACAGCGACCCAAAGGUAAUUGCGGACUACUUCAUAGCCACAGUAGCACGGGUUGGAGGAUGCCCCGAGCGCAUGCGGGCCGACCCAGGCACCGAAAAUAGUCAUGUGAGGGAUAUGCAGCUGUUCCUGCGCAGGAAUCACUCGGACCAUUACGCCAGUGAGAGAAGUUUUGUUUAUGGAUGCAGCACGGCAAACCAACGCAUCGAAUCCUGGUGGGGAAUUCUGCGAAAGCAAGCUGGACAAUUCUGGAUGGAUAUUUUUCAGACACUCAGAGAUGAUGGACAUUUUUCUGGAGACUUCUUGGACAAGAAUUUGAUACAAUUCUGCUUCCUAAACCUAAUUCAGGAGGAACUUGAUGAAGUUGUAAGAACAUGGAAUUCCCAUCUAAUCAGACCAAGACGGGGACAAGGGACGCACAGGGGACGCCCAAUUCUGAUGUUCUGCAUGCCACAGAUUUACAGUUCCGGGGAAGACAAAAUUAAGUCUGUUCUUCCAGAAGAGGUAGCUGUUUGCAAAGAGGAAUGCACCCCAAAGGACCAGUACCCCUGUGAUGAAACAAUCUUUGAGCUAUGUGCUCUUCUUAUAGAUGAAAAUGGUUGGGAUGCUCCUGUUGAUGCAUACCAUGCAGCUGAACUUUACACUCUCUUAAGAACUGAAAUACUAGAGAACAUAUAGAAGUUCUCAACACCAGCAUUCUACUGCCCUGUAGAGUUCAUUUCAGUCCAAACAAAACACUCCAUAGCAUGGACAGAUUGAUGAUUUGCUGUGUGCUGAAGCUGCCUGAAACUGAAAGACUGUUGUGUGCUAUCUUAAAAAAAAUCUCUUCAAUAUAAAAUGUCAAGGUAACUGUAAAAAUAAAAUAUAAAACUGCAUUUAAGCCAUUUUUUCUUUUUUAGUAGUUAUUACUGACAGAACAAGUGCAACAUAAUACUGUAUCAAACUAAACAUAUUAAACAAUUCAACAAUGCAUGACAUUAGUGUGUAAGAACAUCUAAUUGGAGAAUGUUUGCAUAACAUUUUGCAAUACAUUAUUAUGUAUCUAUAACAAUGCAUGUGUUUGCAUUCUUACUGCAAAAGUAACACAUGUAUUUAUGACUGUUAGAACUAUGUUUGUAGAAAAAGACGCCCAGGCUUUAAAAAAAAAAUAUUUGGCAUCAAAUUUCAUUACUACACAAUGUCCAUCACCCAGAUGUUGCUUUCUAGAACAGCAUUGAAUUCAGCGCGGAAGUCGGGAAAAUGAUCGUAGCUCUCAGAGAGAUGUAUGAGCAUCCCACAUGUACGCCCAAUAGGCCUCCUUGUGAAAUCACUCUGGUGAAUGAAGUCUACGCCGAUAGUACUUGACACCACCAAAUCAGAGCCUGUGCAGAACCUCAGAAAUCUUCCAAGCUUGUCUUCAUCAAGUUCUCUGACAUAUCUUCUCAAGUGUGUGGCAACCUCUGCUUGCUUUGACGUCAUUUCUGUUGGAAACAUUAACAUUUUUGCCACUUUUUUUGGAGUUGGUUUCAGGUCACUGUACAUCUUGGUCAGUUCCUCGCAACUAAGAGUUGUCUGUAGCUGUGUUACCUCCCUCCAGCAGUCAAUGACAAACAUUGGUUUUUGCACAAGUUCCUUAUGAGAGAUCUCAUUGAGUAUUUCAGCCAAAGUGGCAGCAGUGACAUGCCUUCUGCAUUCAAAAGUGUUGAGAAUUUCCAAAAGGUCAUCAAGAUCGACAGAAGUGAAGUCAUCUAGUGCUCGACAUAGGAUAUCUCGAUCUUGGCAGCUCACAAACUGCAGAAAAUGUGCCCUCAGAUCACUACACACAGUCCCAAAAAAGACCUCUUCAAGAAAAGGUAGAGCCAGCUUGACUGGUAUGUAUUUGCAAUCUUGAAAUCCUUUGAGAAGAAUUCGCCCAACUGCCUUCCACUUCUCAGCAGUGAAAUCAUGCCUGAGGAAAGGCACCUUCAGGGUUGUUCCAAGGGUACAGCGUUCAUAGAAUUCUGUCCAGAAGCAACUGUAGACAUCCCUAAGAACACCUGACCCAGCACCAGCUUCCAAUGAGCUGUCAGGAAGCAGGCGUUUCACUGUCAAUGAUGCAUUCAUAAUCUCAGGAUCAGAAAAUGCCUCUAUCAUCUCAGCAAAACUGUUUGAGUAGUGUAAGACCAAAAUCCUAGGAGACAAGGCUUGAGGGGAGCUGUGAGGUAACUCUUCAGGCUGAUAGGGCAAUGUGUCACUGAGAGAAUCAUUGUCAACUAUUUGUUGUGCACCAAAAGAGAUCUCAGGGUCAUACACAUCUGCUCUAAUGGCAUGUGAAACGGUUUCUUCGACAGAAUAUUCUAGUUCCACAGACAAAGUAAUGGGAUCCCUGAUGUCAUCAACAAAUGUGUUUGCAACAUGAUCAGUGCUAGCAUGUAAGUGUGUAUUCACUGAGGAUUGUGUGGCCUCAAUUUGCUCAGAAACAAAAAACACCUCUGGGAAUGAAUCUUCAGAUCCUCCUCUUUGA